UUGGGACGAAAAAAGUAACUUGGUUGAAAUAAUGAUGAAUGAUAGUGAAGAUAAUAUUUUUACACAGAUGAAACAAAAGUCUGAGAUAAUUAUGGGUAUUUGUGAAUUCUUGUCAGAUUCACAAAUUACGAGUACUAGAGCUACAUCUUCGCUUUCUAGUUCAAGUUCUAUCGAUGUUCAAGAAAUUCCUACGCCGUUGCAGUCUACAUUAGAUAUAUGUAAAAAGAGCCUUGUGUAUUCAUAUUGGAAUAUGCAAGACUUUGUGAAUAAUGCAGGCCUUCUUGCACUAGAGUCUGGGGUUGGUGAUGAAUGGAGUCAUCAUUACAAUAUAUGGAAAAAUUGGUCAUCUCAACUGAAUUCUCGGUUAUGGUGGUGUAUUGCUCGAAUGGAAUUAUGGAAAGGUGAAUUAGACAAGUCCAUUGAAUCUUUUGAGCAGUGUAAGCAAAACUAUGCUUUGGGUGAACAUAAAGAAGACAUUGUUAUAGUAAACAGUGGCUUUGAUUCAAAUAUAAAUAUUUCGACAAUAAAUUAUAAAAUAUGUAUCUUGGAAUCUAGCAGAGAUGAGUCGCAGAGUGAAUGGAAACGUACUGUUUCGCAUUUCAUUGACUCUAUAAAAUUUAUGCAAAAUGCUGUAUCUGAUGUCAUCAGUCAAGACAGGGUUAUCCAUUAUUGGGCUACUAUUCAUUCGGUCAACGAAUCUCUAGCGGAAGUGAUCAGAUGUCUUUCAGAUGACAAUAAAUUCGCAGACUUGUCAACGAAUGAUCAAACAAAUUUCAAGCGAUGCCUUCACGUAUUGAACUCAACAGCUCUUGAAGUCCUUUUUCCUCGUAGCAUGAAAUUGGAAAGGGCAACAACAGAAAUUAGCGAACCACUAAAUAUAUUAUGUGUUCGAACUUGGGUUUUGUUUUGUUACUUGUUACGACAGAGUGUAUCAAAUUCGUUGAUAGACGAUUUUGCUGAAUUCCUUGAGGCAGUACAUGAUCGGCUUGGAGUACGUCACAUAUGUGGAAUUGAUAAUGGUAUAUUUCUGAAAGUCGUCCUCAGAACACUCACUGAACUACACCCAUCGGAGUAUAGGCAACAUGAAUAUCAAUGUUGCCAUUGCCUAUAUAGGGUUUCGUUAAGCGUUGAUACGACCCCACCGAAAAAUCAUAACACUACCGCUGCUGACCUCGACCAUGAAACUGCCGAAUUAUUAUUCCGAGAGAUACGAAAUUAUCUAAAUCAAAAGUCAGACAAAAUGUAUAAGGCAUGGGCGAUCAAAAAUGAUGUCAAGGACACAUUAGAUAAAAUAGCAAACAUGUUUCCACCUCCACGUGAUGAUCGCUUCUCUAAAUGCAGUUGGAAAACUCGAAAUUUUCUUGAUGAUGACAUAAACUUUUACGAAGCGGUUCAAUACAAAGAACAUAAUCAUGAUGUCAAAGAACUUGGAUCUGUUUCUAGUCGAGAUUCUGAUAGAGCUCUCGCAGAUUUAUAUUAUUUUAGAGGCAAGAUUUUGUUAAAUCAGUUUAAGACGCGAUCAAAGGCUAAUGUCAAUAAGGCCGUCGAUAUGUUAGAAAAAGCUAUUGAACAAUUUACAUUUGAUCUUCGAAAUAAUCCACUAAGGUUUGCUUCGUGGUAUGCUUUGGGUACUUGUUAUGCAAAUUUGGCUGAUGAAAAUCUUACAUGGAGUGCCUCAGAAAUUAACAACAAUCGAGCUGAAAUUGCCAAUUAUCAAAAGAAAUCGUUUCAAUGUCUUGCGAGAGCUUCCAAAGUGAUACAUUGGUUUACAAAUCAACAAUUAACUACACCAAUUGAAGAGAUUAAUUUUUGGAGAGAUUAUGGCUAUCAGGUGUAUGCAAUGAUGUCGGAGCCAAUGUUAAUGGAAGCCUUUUCACUAAGUCCUAGUCAUGCAGAAAUUUGGCGUAAGCCCGAUGAUGCACAAGCAUGUCAAUUUGCUGCUUAUUGUUUUGGAAAAGCAUUAGAACUUGAAUCUCAAUUAUUGAAACAAAGUGAUAUUGCAAAUAUUACUCCAGAAUAUACACCAAAUGAAACGCCAAACGAGACCGAGCACAACACACCAUAUGGAACUCCUGCUGGAACGCCAUCUAAUUCUUCUGUUGCAUCUACAAAUGGCUCUACAAAUGUAGUGCCUAUUGUCAGGGACUGGAGAAUACCUUACAUGAUUGGCAAAUGUUACCAAAGACUUAAGAAGAAGCCUGAGGUGGUAAUUCAACUAUACAAACUAGCAGUAACACGAACCCCAGAAAGGUCGGGCAUUGCUGGUCAAGAGAAAAUUUUGGACGCUGAAUACAAGUUAACGUCAGCAUUAGCAAAAUAUUUAAUAACUAAUAAGAUUAAGCCAUCAUUUGUUGAACAAUCUAUUGGCCCUACCGAUGAUGAUAUGAUGCCUAUAGAUUAUACAAACGAAGGCGCUGUUUUUAAUAUACAAAAACCAGAAUAUCAGAGAGCGUAUAAUCUUAUAUGUACCAAAUUAGAAAACAUAAGAAAAGCAGACAAAAAUAAGUGGCACCAUCGUCCAGUAUUUAGGCAUGCAUGGUUAAUUAACCAUGUUGAACAGAAACCUGAAGAAGCAAAAGCGUUAUUACAAAAUCUCUUUCAAUUAAAAGCUUCAUCUAAUAAAUCCGUAAUGAACGUAUGGAAGCCUGAAUUUGAAAGAGCAGGCAGGCAUUUUGUUUAUGUGCACGAAUAUAUCUUAUUUCUUAUUGAAUUGGCAAAAUCGACUAGAGAUAUUGCUACGCUGAAAACGAUGGAUACUAAAUUAUCUAAAGCAGUAAAUAUAUUACUUAAAGAGAGUAUAAUUCGAACAUGUAUGACAAAUGCUCUUCAAUAUGUAGAACAAGCACAAAGUUUAACGAUAAUGGAGAAUAACGAUCAAGAUGACGCGGAAAAUUUAGAACGGUAUGAGCCAGUUCUGAUUAUUGAACAACCUGAACAAUCAAAUGUUAUGUCAGUAGCAGCUCUUAUAACACAAGAUGACGAUUCUCCAAUGACUAUUGAUUUUGCUGAACCUACAGCAAGUGAAA